UUGACAAUAUUUUUUUUUGUUCUAUCUCUAUUUUAUUUCACAAUGAGAAAUAUCCAGAGUCUAAUUUAAUUUUCUUUUACGUAUGGCAACAUCGUUUAGUAAUUUCUUUUUACUUCGGUUCUUUGCCGUGUUGUUUUGGCGAAGAGCGUCAAAAUGAAGUACAACAAGCUCGUCACAUCCUCGCGGAGGAAAAACAGGAAGAGGCAUUUCAGCGCCCCUUCUCAUAUACGAAGAGUUCUCAUGUCGUCUCCAUUAUCUAAGGAAUUGAGGCAGAAAUUCAACGUCAAAUCUAUGCCAAUCCGCAAAGACGACGAAGUUCAGGUUGUCCGAGGGCACUACAAAGGCCAACAAGUAGGCAAAGUAGUCCAAGUGUACCGUAAGAAAUUCGUUGUCUAUAUUGAGAGGAUCCAGCGUGAAAAGGCUAACGGUGCCAGUGUAUAUGUAGGCAUCCACCCCUCAAAGUGCGUAAUUGUCAAACUAAAGAUGAACAAGGAUCGGAAAUCGAUUCUGGAUCGCAGGGCGAAGGGCAGGCUGGCCGCCCUUGGCAAGGAUAAGGGAAAAUACACUGAGGAAACCGCCACCGCAAUGGAGACCUCUUGAACACAUAGAUUAUAAGACAAAUAAAAAUCCAAAAUUCAAAUA